AUGGAUGUUAAAAAUGCCUUUUUGAAUGGCGACCUUCACGAAGAAGUCUAUAUGGUUCCCCCUCCCGGCCUUGAUCAUCAUUCUGGUGAAUAUGUUGAAGCCCGAACUGACUCGUUGUUUUGCUAUGAAGGACUUGGGUCCCCUUCGUUACUUUUUGGUAUUGAAGUUGCUUCCUCUCCAAAAGGAUCCGAGUUUAUAUCGGACUGUGUUGGAAGUUUGGUUUAUCUUACUAUCACUCGUCCUGAUAUCGCAUAUGUUGUUCAUAUAGUCAGUCAGUUUGUUACUUCUCCUACUACAGUUUAUUGGGCUGUUGUUCUUCGCAUUUUGAGAUACCUCUGUGGCACUCGGUUUCAGACUCUUCUAUUUUCAUCUACUUCAUCUUUAGAGUUAUGUGCUUACUCUGAUGCUAAUUGGGCCGGUAAUCCCACUGACCGUAAAUCAACUACUGGAUUUUGUAUUUUUCUAGGUGAUUCUCUUAUCUCUUGA